AUGAUAACUAAUGAAAUCCUAAUCGAAUUAAAUAAUUUCAAAUUAAAGUCAACUGGAGAAGGUGAUAGUACAUUACAAAUAAAUUCAUCAACACAAGUUGUUGUUAAACAAAAAGAUAGUGGUGUUGAUGCAUUCGAUAUCUUGGCAGAAGUCAUUCAAGAAAACAAACCAAGAAUCAUAUCUGAACAAGAACCAGAAGUUUUAAAAAUUAAGGAUUACUUGAAAGAAUAA